CCCGCGGCUGUCCUCAGCCCCCGGGCUCAGCGGGGCUCAGAGGGCGCUCGGUCAGCGGCCUGGCCCGACGGCGCAGCGGGCGCCGAGCGACGGCUCCGCGUCCCGCCGGCAGCUCCGCGGCGCCGCCGCCCGCCCCGCGUCCCCAGUACGCCCCCCGGGGAGGGGCCGAGCGGGCGGGCCCCGCUCCCGCCCCGCAGAGCUGUGCCAUCCGCCGCACUCGCCUCGUCCCGCCGGGAUGGAGAGGCAGUUCCCGGGGCCGGACAACUCGACGAGCUUCGCCGACGAUGUGCUUCGCGUCUUCGGGGCCAACCAUAGCCUGUCGGCGGCUCAGCUCUCCGCGCUGCUGCAGCGCCUGGGCGCCGCGCCCGCCCUGGGCUCGGCGCUGCCGCUCGCCCACCUGCACCACAACCAGUGCUUGACUAGUGAAGAAAUCUUUUCUUUGCAUGGGAUACCGAACAACAGUCACAUAUCAAAUUCCAGCUUCUCUUCAAUAUGUCCUGCAGUUUUGCAACAGCUAAUUUUUCACCCAUGUGAUCAUCAGGAGAGCUUUGUGGACACAUCUAAACCACAUUCUUUGCAAGUUUGGGGAUUUGGGUUCCUGGCUGUGUCUAUCAUUAACUUGGCAUCACUUCUGGGAUUGAUUUUAACUCCUCUCUUAAAGAAGUCAUAUUUCCCCAAGGUUUUAACUUACUUUGUGGGCUUGGCCAUUGGUACUCUCUUUUCUAAUGCAAUUUUCCAGCUCAUUCCAGAGGCAUUUGGAUUUGAUCCAAAAGUAGAUAACUAUGUUGAGAAAGCUGUUGCUGUGUUCGGUGGAUUCUAUAUUCUCUUCUUUGUGGAAAGGAUUCUUAAAGUGAUACUAAAGCUCUAUAACAAGACUGGCCACAACUACUUUGAAAAUGGAGAAGAGAAUAAUUCUCAGGAUAAGACUAACUCAGCCAAACCACCCUCAUCCAGCAAUGGGGGCACAUGUUAUGCAAAUUCAGCUGUCAUAGAGAGCAAUGGAAAUCUUGGUUUUGACAGCAUCAGUGUGAUCUCAGCACAGGAAGGAGCCACCCAAAGCAGCUUAUGCAAGUGUCUUAAGGGGCGUCCACUAUCAAAGAUUGGGACCAUUGCUUGGAUGGUGACACUGAGUGAUGCCGUACAUAAUUUCAUAGAUGGUUUGGCUAUUGGGGCUUCUUUCACUUUGUCUCUGCUUCAAGGGCUCAGUACCUCCAUAGCCAUCUUGUGUGAAGAGUUUCCUCAUGAACUGGGGGAUUUUGUCAUCUUGCUUAAUGCAGGAAUGAGUACUCGGCAGGCUCUGUUUUUCAAUUUCCUAUCUGCAUGUUCUUGCUACAUUGGGUUGGCCUUUGGAAUAUUAGUAGGCAACAACUUUGCUCCAAACAUCAUCUUUGCUAUAGCCGGUGGAAUGUUCCUGUACAUCUCUCUGGCAGAUAUGUUCCCAGAGAUGAACGAUAUGCUGCGGGAGAGAGUGACGGGAAGAAAGACGGAUCUGACGUUCUUCCUCAUUCAGAAUGCUGGUUUGCUCACGGGGUUUACUGCUAUCCUGCUGAUUACCUUGUAUGCAGGAAAUAUCGAGCUGUGAAAAUGGAAUCAGGAGUGGAGACAUCAAGCAAAUUGCAAAUGGAAGACACUUGAAAUCCAUACAGGGACAUUCAUUUCAUCUACUUGGUUUUGAAACAGUGGCAAGGCCAGUCAUGUCCCUCUUGCCCCAAAUACAGGAAAUUCUUCUUUAGGACUUGCAGUUGAACCAAAUAGUAGGAGCUGUCAGCUUCUGUAUGAUGCCAAAAAAAUUAUGCUAAUAUUUUUAUUUCUUCUUAAAAUUAUCAGACGUAUCUGAAAUGUCAUAGAGGAAGGGUGUUGCUUGGCCAGUAGAAUUAUGCAAUACAUGCAGCUACGUGCAACUCCAGGCCAACUGAAAGCUGAGGUCUACAAGGAAGAUGUGUAUUUAAAAGAAAAUAAUACAGUUUAAUAUAGUUUUUUAACUGUGAUGAAGGCAAGCAGUUUCCAAACUGGUUAAUUUUUAUGACUUUUGUUGCAGGAUUUGUCUGUGUAACAUCUUCAUUCCCCACCAAAAAAAAAAAAAAAAAAACCAACCAAAAAAACCCAAACCAUUUCAGAGUAGGUACUAAUGAAGCUAAGAUUUUUAAUUACUAAUUAA